CGAGGCAACCCUACAGUCCGGUCAGAAGAGUCAAGACGUCGUUUUGGGCGGCGGCCAAGAUGCUGUUUUUCGCCGGGUUUGUGCUUGCCUUACUGGCCAUCGAAGGUUCUAAUGCCCAAGGAAACUUUUGGGAAACUGAAAAAGAGACGUGUAUACGGUACGGUCGGACCGGAGACUGCGCCUUCUAUGGUAUUCCAUGUUUAGAAAAGAAAUACAACUGUAUGCCGGUGGGAUUCCCGGUUGGCUAUGGAUAUCGCUUCUGCAUGAAGAUCACCGAGCACUUCGAAGAAUUCGACGCGGACGGAAAAGCAUGGAUCAGCGCAGUCCGCAAUUGUCUCACCAAAGCUCUCAUCCCCAUCUAUAAGACUGAAAUCUACACCUGCCCGACACUGCAGACGUUCGGCCUGAAGACUUACCCCAAGUGUUUCACCCAGACGAAGGCGGGCGGGGGCCUGUGUAAGGUGGUCCAGACAAACAAAGACGCGCUGAUAAAUGUGUGGGGAGCAACCGGCACACAAGGCGCGCUGAGUUCUGUUCUCUUAGAAGAGAUCCUGGUAGCGUCCCAGAUGUGCACGUGUUACCCCGACCAGCCUGGUCUAAAACAAAUUGUGGACUCCACCAGCGCUAUCUACACAAAGGUGCUGGAGAUCACAGCCACCCAUUGGGGAGCAGCUCCAAAAGAAGCGACAAGUCCUGCCUGUGAGACCAAGGCUCUGGAGGGAGACUGUUCCUUCUACGACUGUUUCGAGAAGCGCUUCCCGUGUGGCCGGACCCAAUUCGUGCGGAGGGAGGGUCAAUCCUUGUGUGAGCAGCUCGUGAAGAAGGCCCCGGUGUUUAACACAAAGGGCCAGGACUGGGUAACGGCAUACACCAAGUGUAUGACACGUUCCAUGCUCGCGUUGUACAACGAGGAGUCCCUGUCGUGCAGGCGUAUCCGUAACUACGGCUUCCGCUCACAGUUCAACUGUCUCAUAGACACCGACAUCUGCGAUCUGGUGGAGAACAGGCAGAACGUGUUUGCUCUCUGGUACAUCCUCGAUGUGGUCCAUGAUUGGCGCUUCCACGAAGAGAUGUCCACCGUCCUGUGCCGCUGUCACAAGUACCAGGAUGGAAGUCGCUACACACUCAGGUACAGCGGCUUCCAACAAGCCUUCCUCAAGCAGCCAGGAGUAGUUGUGGACCAGUCGUCUUCUGCAGACUCCCAGUGCACAGGGAAGUGCCAGGACUACACCGCAAGAACGUGUCUGGCGGGGUACGAGGACGGAAAGUGCGGCGGAAACGCGCUCAGGAAAUGCUGCCUCCCGUGUGACGCUUCGUGCCAGUCCACUCAUCAGGGAUAUACCUCCGGGGACACCGACUGUUCCAAAGCCGGAGGACAGUGUAAGAUGGACAGUAACUACUGCCAUGGUCAGUACCAGGAGGGUCUGUGUGGGGGACCUGCCGCGAGGAAGUGUUGUAUAGCAGGCUAAAAAGAAGAUCCAGACGAAAAAGAGGAGAGCACGUUCCUGUUCACAUCAAGUGACCAGUACAUCCUUUUCGACAUACUUGGAAACACAUCCGCAAGUUUAAAUGCCCUCAAUGCCACAAGAAGUGGCGUUUGUAGUUUUGUACAUUGAUCAUUUUGGUCUUUUUAGGAUUCAGUUUUUCAUAUCAUUUAGCUUACUUUAAACAAUUAUGGUGUCAUUAUUACAUUGUUCCCUUGGAAAAAUUAAUUGCAUUAUGUAAGUACAUACGAUCAAUAUGUAUAUGGCAUUCUCUUUUUGAUGUCAAGUAGUUUUUCGACAGUCUCUAUUGCAUAUUUUUUUAUUUUUUAUAGCAAUAAUGUGAUGUUCAGGAAAUCACUGAAGUAGACAACUUAUAUAAACACACACCUUUGUUUGAUGAUUGGGUAGCAAUUAAAAAUGUCAAAGGUUAGAGGUUACAGAAUCAUUGUGUAACCCACCAAACCUGUAUUUCUUCUAGUUGUUAUUUUGUUUGAGGCCCUGAAAAGGUUGUUCAUUAUGUAUAAAUAUGGUGAUUAUGUAUAAAUAUGGUGGAAUAAAAUUGUGUCUCUACGAAUCA